ACCCGGAUUCAAACCCGCUCCAAGCCCAUACUCGGAUUCGGCGCACCCGCAAAGCCAUAUGGGUACUCUUCUUCUCGUUGCAACUGCAGAAGCAUUCGCUCCAGUUCCGAUUUCAUUCACUCUGUCACCCUCUCACCUCUCACUAAACCAGGCGAGAUCUCUCAUAUUCUCCAACCACAGCACACAAUUGAAUCAACCCAACAAUUAAAGCAGAUUGGUUUUGGCAGAAGCAGCUAGUUUCAAAAAGCAGCAAAUGAAGCAGAAGAAGAACAAAGAGAUGGCCGCUAAACCCUCCUCGAAAGCAAUAUCCAAGGCCGAGGCACUGGCGGUUCACUUGAUUUCUGGCUUCGGAUUGGCGGUAGCUUUCUGGGUGGCCCACAAUGUCCACUCCAUCACCCUCACCUCCCAUCCCUCUCAUACUCUCCGUUUGAUCUGGGUUUUCGAAUGCCCAGCUGUGAUUCUUCUUUACAGCCGGUAUAGGAAGGACCAUGAACAGUGCUCUUACUUCAAAGCUGUAGGGCGUGGCCUGCUAGGACUUCCUGCUGGGGCUCUGAUAAAUGCUUUAGGAGCAAUAGUGUUGGGCGCGCCUGCUGGCAUCCAGUAUCUACCAAAGACCAUUAACUGGUCUCUCGUUAUGUCAUUGUUCACUAUUGUGCCUGCAGCUUCUGUUUUUGGUUCAUCAUGGACAGAUUGGCAACGUAUAUUUGCGUUUACAAAGCCUAUUGAACCUGUGGAUUAUAUGAUUUGUCUACCAGCACAUGGAGCUGUUAUUGGUGCUUGGUUUGGGGCUUUUCCAAUGCCGCUUGACUGGGAACGUCCAUGGCAGGAAUGGCCUAUUUGUGUGAGUUAUGGAGCCAUUGUUGGGUACCUGGUUGGCAUCGUUGCAUCAUUGGGCUUUAUACUUGUGCGGCAGCAUGUCAAAGGAGACUAAACAAGUGAAAUGUCCAAAUAUUCUUCUGGGCAAUUAAAUUUUUCACGGUUUCGUUUUCUUUUGGUUUUUUUUAUAAAUUUUUUGUAGAAACGAAACCAAGUGCAGUGACAUUAUAGGAGUCAUAUAGCCGAAUUCACUUAGUGGGAUAAGAUUUUGUUGUUGUUGUAGUAUAAACAACUUUUUAUUUUCCUCAGUUGAGCAGAAUUGAUAUUACAGAAAUGGAAUGAAAGGGUUUGAACCA